CGCCAGAAUCAACGUAAAGUAAAAGUUCCUCGUAGUAACUUUAAAUAUUGAAAAAGUCACAAGGGACUUGUUGCAUUAAAUGUAAUCAUUCUAAACCAAAAUCACACUCUUUCCCUAACUAGAGUGCUUUUGUUGCUUAUGUCAUCUCUAGUAAACAGAGAAGGGCAAUUUGAUACAUUUCGUUAUUUUUUAUGCCAAGUUUUUUGUUCUUAAACAAAGUUUUUCACUUUUUCUUCGACAUUCAACUCUCUUAGUUUAACGAACAACAACACUAUUAGAAAACUAUGCAACUUUUUUCCCGAAUACCUAAUAAAGUUUGUUUAUAGCUGGGUCCUCAGAGGUGAAAUGCUACCCCCCCCCCCCACACACACACACACACACACACACACAGACACAUUAGUGUGGAGCCUGUGGCCAGGUAUAUUACACAUUGCGUCCUUAAACAAUUAGACUGUGUUAGUAGUGUUUCAUUGUAAGUAUUGCUGGAGUCACUUUCGGGUUGUAGGUGAUGCAGACACAUGUGUGAAGGGGUCUGAUGAACACCCAGGGGGCUCCAGGGUUACACUAGUACAUGUGUUGUUUUCCACUCAGCCUUGAUUAACUCCUGGAAAAGAAAGACAGAGUAACCAUGGGCGUCUCACCUGUGGAAUUAAUUAUCGGCACAAGAUAGAGGAAGGCUCACUCCGCUUCCCCUCAUUUCCUAAUAAACAAGCUGUGCCGCUGCGUCUCUUCGUCACAGUCGUACGGGACUCUAACCAGGAAGCUGCAAGUGUUCAACAUCCUUCCAGCAGAAUGCCGAGCCAGCUCGAGGGUGCGAUGGAUGCGCUCAUAACGGUUUUCUACAACUACUCUGGAAACGAUGGAGACAAGCUGAAGCUCAACAAGGGCGAGUUAAAGGAGCUGCUCAACAGUGAGCUCACCGACUUCCUCACGUCUCAGAAGGAUCCGAUGCUGGUGGAGAAAAUCAUGAACGACCUGGACUCGAACAAAGACAACGAGGUGGACUUCAAUGAGUUCGUUGUGUUGGUGGCCGCCCUGACUGUCGCCUGCAACGACUUCUUCCAAGAGCAGAAGAAGAAAACCAAGUAGAUGUCUGUAGAAAACCGUCUGCGGACCAAUCGUUUAAUAAAUGCCACCACAUUAAAGAAACCAUACAGUCAAUAUCCCAUUAGUUGAAUCAUUUGUAACACAAUACUGUUAAACAAUGACUUUGUGAUCUCACAAACUGUUUUUUCAGACCCAAAUUAGUAAGUUUUAUAUUAGAGUGAUGUUUGUAAUCGUGUUUGGAGCUGUGUUUUAUCCCAAACCUGGGUGCAUUACAGUAAAAACUAUUCUUCGUCUAUACAGUAGAUUCUACAGUAGGUUCAGGUCAUUACUGAUUCAUUGAGAGGCUUAACCUUUAAAAACACGCCUUAAAUCUCUCGUCAUCAUGUAUUUUUUUGUCCCUCCUCUGAUGUAAAAGUCUUUGGAGAUGCAGUCUCAGCCGGAUGCUGCAUUUAGUAGGAAACAUUUCUCGCUGUCAGUCAGUGUUCCCAGAGGAGCAACACUUUUAUUUCCCCCUCAUGUUGGAGCAAAGAGUCCCAGGAUCACAGUGAUGAGAGAUCUUCUGUACGAUGUCUGUAACAUGUAAUGUUUGAGAUGUAUGUUGUGUGAAAAUGUUUCUUUUUUCCUGAGAUAUUUAGAAUUUUGACCCGCCGAUAUGGUUUUAAACAAUAGUUGCCUUUGAGUGUUUGAAUAUGAGAACUUCUAUGGCAAAACAAUAUUAUUGGUGGACCUGCUUACAACUACAAAGACAGCUGAAAUGUGACACGUCAACUCGUUUUUUGAUUUUGUUUGUGCAAGCGGACACAAGCUAAAAACAAGAAUUUUAGUGUAUUUUUACACUCGCACCUUCUCAUGUAAAACCUUAAUCUAAAAGUAAGUGAACGAUAGCUGUCCAGUUAAUGUAGACGAGUAAAAGUUCA